AAUUAUGUUCAUAGACAUAAGUGCAAAAUAAGUAUUGAAAACUCAAAUAUGACACGUGAACGCAUGUUUGUUCUGUGUAAGUGAGCUACAGAUUCGCUCGUCAGCAAACCGAAUCGGCGAACGUACUAAAGUAAAACGUCGUUAAAACAAAAACAAAAAAUGUUUAACAAAUUCGCUGCAGCAUUACAACAUGCUGUCGAUGCGCUUGCACCUCCGCCAUCACAACAGGAGCAGUUUGUUCACCACUGGAAAGCUAUCACACACUACUUCAUUGAAAGCAGUAUGUACAGGCACACUAAAAAAUAUGAUGAGCGAGAGCCCAUUGAGGCAACCAGCAUUCCCCAUCAUCUCGACCAAAUGCUGGACAGUCUGCAUCACGAGGAGGCGGGGCAGGAAGCCGGGUCAGGAUCAGUGCCAGAAGGGAGCACCACCGGCCCCUGCAUGGAGUACAUGCUGCGACAUAAGAUUCUCGAGACGCUUUACGCUCUGGGACGAGCGGAUUGCCCCCUGGGAAUGAAACAGCAUGUUCUGAUGUUUUUCACACAUCUGCUAUCUCGAACUAAUCAGCCGAUUCUCCCACACAUUAAUGUACAUCGGCCUGUACAUAGGCUGAUUCGCCUAUGUGGAAACGAACAGGCAGCACCCACAGAGGCUGAAGAAAUACAGUUCCUCGGAGUGAUCUGUGCUAAAAUCAAAGCUAAUCCAUAUCUAGUCAAUUUCUUCCUUGAGGUUCCUACCGCAGCAUCACCGCAUUGCUCAGGCCCUGGCAUCGCCUGCAGUCUAACAGAUUUUGAGGGUUUGGAAGGAGCUCAACCUUACCACCCCAUAGGACCCAAUUGCAAGCUUGGCUUCCCUCUAGUCUCGUCAUUGCUGUCCCUGGUGCAGAGUCCAGACAGCCGAGUGGUGAUCAAAGCGUGUGAGGGCCUUCUGCUGUGUGCGAGCCUGCCCGAAGACAUGGCGGCAAGCAUCAUUGCCGAGCACUCACGCUUCUCUCAGGUACUAGCUGCUCAACUGGCCAAGCUCUACAUCCUCAUCCCACGCAGCAUGCAUCCCGCUGACAUCGACAGCACAGAGGCAAAGUGGGGGUUGGAUCAGUAUAGUGACAGGGAAGAUAUGCACACAUUUGCCGGUAAGCGCCACCUGUUGAGCUUUCUCUCCUGGCUCGACUACUGCGACCAGCUUAUUCUUGAUGCACAUCCAAAAGUCAGCAGUGCCCUCUCACGGUCAAUUUGUAAAACCUUUCUGGAAGAUGUUCUACAACCAGACCUUUUGCAAGUAUGUGAAGUGACUGCUGCAUUCGCUACAUCCAUCAUGACACGUUGUGUCCGACUCGUUUCGUCUCAAGUUUUCCUGGAGCAUAUUGCUACCUUCAUUAUUGGUUCGUCCUCUGGGGACAAAUGCCCCACGACUAGCAAGUUACAACAUUACUUUAUUCAGAGGAGCAACCAUCCAUCCGAUGAGUUGAGCAUUGUGACACUAAAACUGCUGGAAGUGCUGCUGCAGAAACCUUGCGAGGUGCUAUUCGAGCAUCUAGUGCUGCAGCGUGCACCAGAGAAGUGUCAUCUACAGGCAGAUAUGGAACUUACUGUAACUACUGAUGGUAGCUCUGCAGUCACAGCCAUCGGAGAAUCUCAGGUGCUGAUAGAUAGCAGUGACAUGCCUGUGAGCAGCCCGAGUAGCACAAGCCCCACAUCCAGCAUCAGUGCGCUGUCGGAGGCCGACGGAGAAGCAGGCCCUGUUGCGUACAUCGACGGGAAAGAGCCAACUUGUCAGUCAACAAUCUCGGGUGUCAGUCACCACAGUCAAGGUAUCUGUGAUCAAGAAGAAGAAAGGGAAGCGCUGAGUGAGCAAGAAGAUCGGACUGGUCGGCAGGGGGAGAGCAAGGCUGUGAUCGCUGGGGAUGAAUCUUGCGCAGUCACAUCUGGGGAUGACUUGCUGUCAUGCGAAGCCGAAAUGUUGGUGCCAAAUCACACACACAAAGCAGACCCGAUCGACAACGGGUCACCAAUGACAGCUGCCAAUAACGACAUUACUGAAUGUGACCUACAUGAGCAUAAUGAUGAUGGUGAUGGUGAUGGUGAUGAUGAAGUGUCUGGUCAACAGUCAUUUGGUGCUCCCGGACAGGCUGACCAUGCAGAGACACCUAUCACUGCUGCAGUGGCUGAGGGAGAGGGUCACAAGCCCAGCGUGGAUAUCCACCACGUCGUACACACGUUUCUUACCUUCGUGCCUCACGAAGCCUCGUCCUGUGAAGAGCUCGAGGACAGCGGCUACGAUACGUACCUCAAAGAUGCCCACAGACAGUACAAGGCUGUUUGCAUACAGUGUAGAAUGUGGAAAUGUAUCGAGAGCCAUGCCGAUCGACAUGUGAUCUAUGGUGCAGACAGUCUACUGGACAUGUUGUUUGACAAGCUAUCUAAAAUUCUUGACCAGAGCUACGAGCUAAAUCUGCAAGUGACCUCGGUGCUUGCAAAGCUAGUGCUUUUCCCCCAUCCUGUGAUACAUGAACUUCUAUUGUGUACAAGUGAAGUGACGCCACCUGGAGGACGAACGCUGUAUAGCAUACUAUCAAAGGUGGUGAAAGAUUUGGAAGUUCGUAUGCAUAGAGUGCCAGAGUUCAAACAAGGAGUGGCCCACACACGUCGUCAACUAAUGGGGCUGGUGCCAGAAAGCGAUAGCUGUGAGCGCAGCAACCUUAUGGAGGGAGUUAUUGUGCUGGAGGAAUUUUGCAAGGAGCUGGCAGCUGUAGCUUUCGUUAAGCAUCACGCAACGAUGUUUCAGUCAUCUGGAGCACAGUAACACCUUCCCAAAUGGUGAAUUUAUGCAGUGGUCCACAUAGAAAUCUCAGUUAUAUCCUUUAUCAAAUUCAUAGUGCUGUAAUUUGUGUCCAAAAUAGAUUUAUUUUGUACACAAAUAGAUUUGUGUUGUGUGAGGUAAUAUUCACUUUCACGCCAUUACUCAGUCUUUAUAGCAUGUGUAUAAUGAGCAAGUUUCCAGAAAUUCAGACUAUACUGAAAUUUGAUAGGUAACACGUAUUUGUUUUGUUAACAUUCUUCUGGUUCAGUGUAAACAUUGUUCCAGUGAAAGUAGCUGUUACCAUAAUCCAAUUACUGACCCUCAUGCUUUUUUGGCAAUCGGUAGUUUUGCAAGUUUGCCAUAGCUGGUGCUAAUUGUUAGUCACAUCUCGUGAAGGAAAGGACUUGUUGUCUAUGCUUCAGCUACAGGAUAUAUGUUAUAAGAAAGGGUCAUUUAAUAAAGAAACAGCAGGGUAUCAUGAAAGUGACGUUUACUGAUAAAUUUAAGUGAGCAUGUAUAUUAAUGAACUGUCAUAGACACAUUUAUGUAUCUAAUUACCUAAACCAUGAGUUUAGACUAGGUGUUACCUAUAUAUACUUUUAGCUGUGCCACAGAACAAUAAAUGCCUUCCGUCGUUUUUCUGUGGCUGAAUAUUUUGGAGUCAGGAAGCAGAAGCGUGAAGAAAUAUUUAAUGUAUUUAUUCAUCUAUUAGUAUUAGGGAAUAGGCCAUGUGGCAAAAUAUUUGUUAUAAACUGCAUAUAUCAUGUUUAGAUCUUGCUUGAACAUAAGUACAUAAACACAGGGUAACAAAUUCAGUCAGUAUUGGACAUAGUGGUGUUACAUGAAAGUCUGUGUUUCAUGUAUAAAUUGAAAGACAAUUUUUAUCCUUUGACAUUCACUGAUGUUGUUAUUAGCUUGACUAUAUAUUUAAAAAUGAAACUGUAAUAUAUGGUUACGUAUUUAAACUGAUUUCAUUUGAUGUACGUGCAUACUUUUAAAACAUUUGUAGAAAUUGUGUAAGAUAACAUGCUUUUUUAUCCAUAUCACUUAGGCUCAGUAGCAUAAUGAAAGGGAAAGUGCGUGCAAUAAAUGUUGUGUAUACUAGUUGUUUAACAAUAAUUUGAGCACUACUAAUACAACAUAGGUUCCAACUCUUCAGAUUCCUAAUCCAGUGCUUAUUUAUGGCCUCAACAUUAUAUUAUACAUGUACUGGUGCAAAACCAUGAGAUUAUUUGCAGUCAUUGACGUUUAUGAGCCAAAAUGCAAGAAUCUUGCCAUUUUACCACUGUCGUGUUUUCCAUAAAAUAUCACUUGUCCUUCUUUUUUCUUUUUUUAAUCCAGAAUUAGAUUUAGAAUAGGUUCGAGUAAUUGUUUCUCGAUGUUAUAUAUUUUUAAUGAGUAGCAUAACAAAACACGAAUUAGUCAUGAAUCUCUGGUGUGUCAAUUUCUUUUCUCAAUAUUAAUCAUAUGUAGAUGUAAAAAUUUUGCUGUAUUGUUAGUUGGCAUUCUUCAAAGCCGUCGUGAGAUUGCACUAUAAACGAAUUGCGGUGAGUAGAUGAAUAUACCAAAAAAAAUUGUGGUUAAUGAUCAGACCAGCAAUGUUAUUAUGUUUUUCUGUCAUUUAUAGUUAUGUAGUGUAUGUAGCAGUUAUAUGGCAUUGUGUUGAUGUUAAAGGUGUAACCACUUUCAAAUUAGAAUAUGUGAGCUUAUCACAUUUUCUCAUGUACCAACGUGCAAGACUAAACUUCAGCAUAUUGUUUAAGAACUAACAAAUUCUAUUUUAGCUACCAUUUAUUUUCUGUAAUUAUUGACUUUUACUUGAAUCUAAAAUAUAUAAACCAAUCAAAAUAAAUGUA